AUGCGAGACACGGUCCAGUCGACGGCGCUCGCCGUCCUCGGUCGCGCUCCCCGCCAACACCAGGACUGGUUCGACGACAACGACGCCGCCAUCAGAAAUCUGCGUGCUUAGACGAACCGCCUACACAAAGCCUACGUAGAUCACCCCACUGAUGCCACCAAAGCUGCCGUCUACCGCAGUCGCCGCCAACUUCAGCAACGACUGCGCGAGAUGCAGGACGCCUGGACUGCUCGCAAAGCUGAGGAGAUCCAAGGAUACGCGGACCACAACGAAUGGAAGAACUUCUUCUCUGCGAUCAAAGCUGUCUACGGUCCACCGACAAAGGGCACUGCUCCUCUCCUCAGCGCCGACGGCAACACUCUCCUGACUGAGAAGACGCAAAUCCUACAGCGAUGGUCCGAGCAUUUCCGAGGCGUCCUCAACCGCCCCUCCGUCAUCUCCGACGCCGCCAUCGAGCGUUUACCGCAAGUGGAGACCAACGUGGACCUCGACCUCCCGCCAUCUCUCCAGGAGACCAUCAGGGUCAUGCAGCAGCUCUCCAGCGAGAAAGCACCCGGAUCGGACGCAAUCACUGCUGAGGUCUACAAGCACGGAUGUCCCCAACUGAUGGAUCACCUGACUGCGCUCUUCCAAGAGAUGUGGCGUCAAGGUGAAGUCCCGCAAGAUUUCAAAGACGCAACCAUCGUGCAUCUCUACAAGCGCAAAGGGAAUCGCCAAGUCUGCGACAAUCACCGCGGCAUCUUCUUGCUGAACAUCGCCGGGAAGAUCUUCGCCCGCAUCCUUCUCAACCGCCUCAAUAACCAUCUGAAACAGGGCCUUCUGCCGGAAAGCCAAUGCGGCUUCCGUCGUCAUCGUGGGACCACGGAUAUGAUCUUCGCCGCCCGUCAACUUCAGGAGAAGUGUCAGGUCUGGUCAUUAACACGCAGAAGACGGUGGUGAUGCACCAGCCGCCACCCCACUCAGUCACAACCCCCAACGCGCCGCCGCAAAUCAGCGUGAACGGAACCCAACUGCAAGUGGUGGAGAACUUCCCGUACCUGGGCAGUACUGUCUCCCGCAACACCAAGAUCGACAACAAAGUCGCCAACAGGAUCUCGAAAGCCAGUCAAGCCUUCGGUCGCCUCCAAAGCACAGUUUGGAAUCGCCACGGUCUUCAGCUGAGCACGAAGCUGAAGAUGUACAAGGCCGUCAUCCUGCCGACACUACUGUAUGGAGCGGAGACUUGGACGGUGUACGCAAAGCAGACACGUCGUCUGAACCACUUCCACCUCAGUUGUCUUCGUCGCAUCCUGAGGCUGAAGUAG